AUGUACCAACCUGCUUCCAGCAACUCAACCGCAAACAACACCCAACAGGCAGAUGCCGGCGCCUCCGAAUCUCCCAGUUCCACAGUGAUCGCAGCAUUAUUUAUCUCAGAGCUUCUCCAACAAAACAGCAAAGAAACCGAACUCUACUUCUUCACCCUCGUCCGCUGCAUAUCCAACCUCCGAUCCGAGGUAAAGAACACCAUCCAAAGCUUGACAACCAACGGCGACGACGACGAUGUGGUGGUAUACGGUGCAUUGCUGCUGCUGCUCCGCUGCGCCAAUUCCAAAUCCCGCUUCCACACUUCUAUGAUCGAUGGCUAUGACCUAUUCCGCACAGCGUACACAGUUGCGUUAAAGGCGUUCGCUGACAACAACAAUUCCAUCGCCGGUUCCUACCACCUGCUAAUGACUCUACCAAGCUUCUACACUGACGCCGUACUCUUCGCCCAGCGCGGGAGCGAAAAGAAGAAAGCCAAGUACACUGAGAUCAUGAAGAACAUACGCGAAAGGAUGGAGUCGGACGUUACCCGAAGCUCAGAUACUAUCCGGGGGAUGAUCGUUGAAUUCCGGGGUAUACUCGAAGAUGACUUUGCUACGAAACAUCGCAGGACGAGGUUUGGUUACCCGAGGAAGUUUGAGGCUGUUUGA